AUGGGGCCAAAGAAGGUGCUCUCUCCUGAUGAAGGUGAGGAGAUAAGGCGAUCACUUGAAUUUUUAACAGCAGAGGUAUCAGCCAUUAAGCAGUACCAACAGACAAUUAUGCAGCUGGUGGAGGAGAUUACUCUCACUAACCUGAUAUCAGUGGAUGAGAGGCUCCUUUACAGACCUCACCCUGACAACCCUGAGAUCACCGUCCUGACUCAGGAGGCCAUCAUUACAGUGAAGGGAGUGAGCCUGAGCAGCUACUUGGAGGGGAUGAUGGCCAGGAGAAUGUCUGCUAAUGCCAGGAAGGUCCUGAGUAGUCCUGAGUUCAAUCCUGGGCUCAAGAUCUUUCUGUGUGGAGUUUGCAUGUUCUCCCCGUGACUGCGUGGGUCCCCUCCGGGUACUCCGGCUUCCUCCCACCUCCAAAGACAUGCACCUGGAGAUACUGUAAGUUGAUUGGCAACACUAAAUUGGCCCUAGUGUGUGAAUGUGAGUGUGAAUGUUGUCCGUCUAUCUGUGUUGGCCCUGCGAUGAGGUGGCGACUUGUCCAGGGUGUACCCCAAAAGGGACAAGCGGUAAAAAAUGGAUGGAUGGAACUUUAAAAAAGACCCCCAAUGUUUUGACACGAAUGCAUUGUUUUUGUCAGUAUAUAUCAUACACAUAAAAAUGUUUUACCAUCAAUGAUUAAUGGUAGUAAAGUACUUUCUUGCAUAAUAUAGUUUAAUCAAAUUUAAAAAAAGACCCCCAACAUUUCAUUGUCAGAAUGUCAGAUAAGGCUAGUCAAAAUAAAUGAGGUGAUAUUCUACAUUGAUACAUGAUUAAUGUGAUAUGUUUAGUUCAUUAACCGCUUGAGUAAAAGCGUAAAAUUGGACAACCCUAAUUCUUACAUUGUGGAUUUUUUUGUCAUGUUAAACUAUAAACAUUCUCUAUAAGAGUGUGUUCAAUUGUAUUUCAGUCAAUCAAUCAAAGUGUGUUUAUAUAGCCCUUAAUCACAAGUGUCUCAAAGGGCUGCACAAGCCACAACGACAUCCUCGGCUCACAUCCCACAUCAGGGCAAGAAAGAACUCAACCCAAUGGGAUACAAUGAGAAACCUUGGAGGGGACCGCAGAUGUGGGGACCCCCCCUGGGUGACCGGUGCAAUGGACGUCGAGUGGAUCUAGUUAAUAGUGUAAGAGUCCAGUCCAUAGUGGGGCCAGCAGGGGAUCAUCUUGAGUGGAGACAGGUCAGCAGAGACGUCCCCAACUGAUGCACAGAUGAGUGGUCCACCCCGGGUCCUGACUUUAAAUUACUUCUUAUGAGGAAAAAAAAUAAAUCUUUUUUUUGUACAAUUCGGUCUUUUUCAGACCUUUUGG